AUUUGAACGCUGCCAGCCUGUCGCUUCAUGAACAGCCUCCUGCUGCAGCUACAGUCGCUCUCUGCUUGUUUUUCUGGGUUUUUCCGCCUGAUUUCUUCUCCUCAUGGCCGCCAUGGAGGUUCGAGCUGCGCCGCUGCAGGCCGCAGAGGAGCCUCUGAAGAAGGGGAAAAGCUCCGCAGCGGCUCCCAGUAGAGCUGCUCUGGGAGAGAUGACCAACCUCCCCGCAGCUGAGGCCAACAUGAAGAGGAGGGCAGCAUCUAAGAAGGCCUCCAGCUCCCAGAAACCUAAACCGGCCCAGGACCGUGGGGGUGUGGUCCAGGUUCCCGCCGCCGCUCCGCUUCCCGCUCUUCCAGAGGAGUCGGCCGAUGCGUCCAUGAAGGAGGAGCAGGAGCUGUGCCUGGCAUUCUCUGGGACGCUGCUGGCGGUGCAGGAUGUGGACGAGCGGGACGCAGACGAGCCUCAGCUCUGCUCUCAAUAUGUCAGAGAUAUCUACGCCUACCUGCACCUCCUGGAGGUGCAGCAGGACGUACGUGCCGACUACAUGAAGGGCUUAGAGAUCACGCCGCAGAUGAGGGCGAUCCUCGUUGACUGGCUGGUUCAGGUCCACUCCCGCUUCCAGCUGCUGCAGGAGACCCUGUACCUCACCGUGGCCAUCCUGGACCGCUUCCUGCAGGUCCAGCCGGUGUCCCGGAGGAAGCUGCAGCUGGUCGGGGUCACGGCCAUGCUGGUGGCCUGUAAGUACGAGGAGAUGUACUCCCCGGAGGUAGGAGACUUCGCCUACAUCACAGAUGACGCCUUCAGCAAGCCUCAGAUCCUGGAGAUGGAGCAGCUGGUCCUGAGGAGAAAUAGAGUGAAUAGAAUUCUGAAGGCUUCUCCUCUUCCUCAGACGCCCACCCAGCAGCAUUACUCCACCUACGAUGAGGCCCACCUGAAGCCAAUCAUGCAGCACCUGGCUAAGAACGUGGUGAUGGUGAACGAGGGGAAGACCAAGUUCCUGGCCGUGAAGAAGAAAUACUGCAGCAGCAAACUGAUGAAGAUCAGCCUCCUUCCUCAGCUGAGCUCCUCCAUCAUCCAGAAGAUGGCAGCUCCUCUCAUCAAAGCCUCCUGAGACCAUUUUUUAAUUUAUUUUUUUUAAUUUAAGCGACUUUAUCACUUGCACUUUAAUGGACUUGUUCUCUGAGCCGGGCCGACCCGCUGCUCUACUGGUUCUGUUUUAGAGGUCCUGUUUUGUUAAUUUUUAGCUGUUCAGCAGAAACUGUGGCGAAAUGUGAGUCUUUGCUGGAUUUUCAAUAAAGUUUAAAUUCCUGGAAGGUUUCCCCUCUCUCUGUCCAGAACUUCCUGAAUCCAAACCUAAAGCUGCCAUAUUUUCAAUCGUUGCACGCAGCUACAGCGAUGAAACCGCGGGGUUUAAAAGUUCACAGCUCACUAUGUUCUCGCACGCUCUGAUG